UCGAUCACUCGUUAGCGCUUAUGCUUUAAGUUACCAAACCUAAAUAAACGCUGAUUCGCCCUAAGAUGUUUUCAAACCUGAGUCGCCUCAGAGUUACCAUAUUCUGCGUAAUUUUGUACAUUCUUGUUGGCACCUAUUUCUUUGAGUGUAAAGCCAGAAGUGUCGGUGAUUCAAGCAACAGUGAAAAUUUAAUUAAAGACGACACUGAGGAGUAUCUCAAAUCCUAUGGCGAAAAAAUGAAAUCUUACAUGAAUCUUAGCGUGGCACCUUGUGAUGACUUUUACGAAUAUGCCUGCGGAAAUUGGAAGAACGUACGUCCGGAUCGUUUCCAGUCCAACUACAAGAAAAACAACCUCUUAGAUAUUGAUUUCACUCUCCGCGAUGAGGUGGAGAAGCUCUUGACUAACACGAAGUUGGCCCAAGCGCUCAACGACUCUACGGAGCUGCAGGUUGCGCAAAAAUUCUACAACGCGUGCCUCUCGGCGGUGGUGUUUCCGUUUCCAGCUGCUGAUCCCGCUUAUCUGGAGCUUAUAAGGUCAAUUGGUGGUUUCCCUGCCGUCGACGGAGCGGCAUGGAAUGCUUCUAGCUUCAGCUGGUUUAAUAUGAGCGCCCAUCUAACGAAUUUAGGGGUCAAUGGGUUGAUCAACGAGGAUAUUUCACCCAAGUAUCCCUUUAGACCGUUGUUGGAAAUGCCUGUACUGGGAUUUGAUCACAUCGUCCAAACGGAUAGCAUAGCCAAAAAUACUUCUCGAACAUACAAGAUGAACGAAAAGCGAAUGCAGAGUUAUCUACAAGCCUAUAAUCUCACGACGAAUAUGAUUUCGGAAGUGAUCGCUGGGGUUUUUGACUUCUGGCGUGAGGCACUCGAAAUUUCUAACACAUUUAAUGGCUGUACCUACAAAUGCAAAGUUAUUUCUGCAAAAAAAGUACUACCAAAGUAUUAUCAAUGGAAGAGCUACUAUGAGAUUGCAUGGAACGGAUUAUUCUUUAACCGAUGGGACAAUACUGCAGAUUAUUGCGACCACUACUACGAACAGUUGGAGAAAGUGUGCUCAAAGCACCCAGAGGCUGUGGCAAACUAUCUGUCGAUGCUUCUGUUAUAUCGAAUGGAUGCGAAACUGAAGGAGGAGAAGUAUCACAAGGAUUACUGCCUCUCGACAGUGCAAAGUGGCUUUGCCUAUUUAUUUGACAAGCUCUACAUGACGGAGAAUUUUAUCGACAGGACUCGCACAGAAGUAUCAGAUAUUCUACAGAAACUUCGCAAUAGCCGAAGAAAUGCGCUGGAGGAAGUCGAGUGGUUGGACCCGUGGACUCGGCGGGAGGCACUACUCAAAGAGUCCACCAUUAAGCCCGUAAUAGGUAGCUACAAAAACGAAGAGGUUACCAGUGGUUUGAUCCAAGAAAUCAAUAAGCUGCAGUUGGAGGAUAGGAGCUUCCCCCAGAGCAUGAUCCAGUUUCAAAAAUUGGUGACCCGCUUACGCCGCUUCAAUGGACUGCACCACAAGGAACUCCCUAAGGAUACGAAGCCCCUGAAAUAUCUUUUGGGUAUUCAAGUUAAGGCUUUUUAUAGUCACCGUUUAAACGCCAUUCAUGUGAUGGCUGGAACAUUGCAUCCGCCUGUCUAUCAUCCCGAGUGGCCUAGUUCCUUAAAAUUUGGUACUUUGGGCUUCUUGGUGGGCCAUGAACUAACCCACCCCUUUGAUACUAAGGGCUGCCAGUUCGACUUUGAGGGACACAUGCGUAACUGGUGGUCAAUGAGGUCUAGAGCUGCAUAUCAGGAGCGGGCUAUGUGCUUUGUAGACCACUUUAACAGCUACCAUAUUCCGGAGAUUGAUCGCAAUAUUAACGGAAAAAGCACCCAGGACGAAAACAUCGCAGAUAACGGUGGGCUGCAGGGUGCACUUGAUGCAUAUCGCAACCACAUGAAACAGUUGAAGAAUAGAAGCGAGGGGGAAAACGUGACCCUAGAAAGCGAACAAAUACCCGGUCUGGACCUAUCGCCAGAACAGCUUUUCUUUCUCGGUUUUGCCCAGCUAUGGUGUUCGGAUUACGAGAAAAAACAAUAUUGGAUAAUGUUAAACCAAAAAUACACCAUCGAAAAGUAUCGUGUCUUGGGCGCAGUCUCCAACAAUCCUGAUUUUGCCCAGGUGUAUAACUGCCCCGCUGGAAGCCCAAUGAAUCCCCAAGCUGAUACCUGCCGCAUUUGGUAA